AAAUUAUUUGUUGGCAUUUAGUUAAUUGUUUAAGUAAGGGCAGGACGGUUAAUGUAGUGUUGUUAAUAAACUAUAUCGUUAAUAAGGCAGAGUUAUUUUCCGAGGAUGGAUUUCUUGAAAAGUGGUAUCAAAACAGUAUUGGGGGCAUCAGAGCCUGGUCAGCAGCCAAGUCCGGCAGAAACGGUUGAAAAACUAGUUGACCAUGCCGCAUCUGCUACACUGUUAGAAGACCGUCGCGAUGCCUGCCGUGCUCUUAGAGCUCUGUCACGAAAGUAUCGUGUUGAAGUAGGAGCCCAGGGUAUGCCUGCAAUGGUCCAGGUCCUACAGAAUGAUCGCCAAGACUGCGAAAUUAUUAGCUAUGUACUAGAGACUCUCUGUAAUAUUGUGGCCACACAAGAGUUCGAUGAAGAAGCAGACAAUCCAAUGGUUUCGCUGAAUGUCGGUGAACAAUUUACUGAGAUGUUUCUCAAGAAUCCCGAAAACGUCACAUUAAUUAUGGGAUAUUUAGAAGAGUACGAUUUUCGUGUUAGACGUGCUGCCAUACAGUUGUUAACAACCUUGAUACAGAAUAAAACACGAGAUUUACAAGAACAUAUAUUAGUAAGUCCUAUGGGCGUGUCAAAAUUAAUGGAUUUACUGUCGGACAGUCGUGAGGUAAUACGAAAUGAUGCCUUAUUAUUGUUAAUACAACUUACUAAAGGCAAUUCGAAUAUACAAAAAAUUGUUGCGUUUGAAAACGCUUUCGACAAAAUCUUUGACAUUAUUCGAGAUGAGGGAUGUUCAGAUGGCGGUAUCGUUGUAGAGGAUUGCCUAAUUUUGCUGCUAAACCUUUUGAAAAAUAACUCCAGCAACCAACAGUUUUUUAAAGAAGGAUCCUAUAUACAGCGACUGGCACCAAUGUUUGACCUUUCCAGCACUGAAAAUGAUGAAACUGGUUGGGCUCCUCAGAAAAUGUCCAAUAUGCACUGUAUGUUGCAAGUAGUUCGGUCUCUGGUCACUCCUAGCAAUCAGCAACAAGUUGUCUCUUCUUGUCAGUAUACCAUGCGCAAAUCAGGGCUUUUAGAAGCUUUAUGCCGCAUACUAAUGGGGGGAGGGGUGCCCGCAGAUGUACUAAUGGAGACAAUUAAUACAGUGGCUGAAGUGGUCAGAGGAAAUGCAGAGAAUCAAGAACAAUUGAGAAAGGUAAUGGCGCCUAGCACCCCACCAAGACCUGUUAUAGUUGUCCUUCUAAUGACGAUGAUCAAUGAAAAGCAGCUGUUAGCCUUACGUUGCUCAGUACUAUAUUCAUUCCAAUGUUAUUUGUUUCGUAACUCUUCUGGGCAACAGGCGGUUGUUCAAACAUUGCUGCCAUCCUCGGCUACAGAUGUAUCAACAUUGUCAACUGGCCAGCUGUUAUGCACCGGGCUUUUUUCGUCAGAUUCUUUGGCAAAUUGGUUUUCCGCCGUUGCUUUAAUGCAUACGCUCGUUGAAAACACUCACCAAAAACAAGAAUUAUUACGUGUCUUACUUGCUACUCCCGGUGGUCACAAGCCAAUUACACUACUGGAACAGUGCACUAACCUUUUACAACAAGAAAGCUACAAAUUGCAAAGCAAAGUCGGCUUAUUGAUGUUAUUGAGCAUGUGGAUAGCUCAUUGUCCCAGCGCAGUAAAAACAUUACUGCAAACCCAGGGUACAAUGGCCUAUUUAACAGCUCAGAUAAGUGGUAAUGAACAUGAUGAGAAUGAGCAUCUUGUUCAAGGUCUGUGCGCUUUCCUGAUGGGACUGUGCAUACAAUUUAAUGAUAACAACUUACCAAGUCAAAAACGUGAUGACAUUUGCCAGUUGAUUAUCAAACGUAUUGGUCAGGAACAUUUUUGCAAUAAAUUGAACGAAGUUUCUCGUCACGAGGCUUACAGCAGAGCGUGCAAACAGCCUCAAAUUCGUGCCAAAUCAGCCGGAGAAUUGUUACUCGACUAUGAGUACUGUAAAUUAUUUAAAGGUCUGGAAGCCUUAGUUGUCAAACUAGUGACAGGAUUUGAUGUAAAUGGAAUAGAAUUGACAGAACUUACUCUAAGCUCCGAGGCGUCGGCACUAGUUGCACAGUACAAAGGCAUUAUACGAGGCCUUGAUACGCAAAUAAAUUCGUUGCAAGAAACUGUGAAGAAAUUAGAGGAGUGUGAUUCGGAACGAGAAGAAAAACUAGCUGAAGUGCAAUCUUUGAAUAGGCAACUCGUCGAUCAAAAUACUCUACUUAAAGCCCAAUUGGCAGCGGCGAAAAAGGAUGAUGCCGAAUCGUCACCAACGCUCGCAAGCAGUAACGAAGUACAUAAAACCAAUGAAUCGGCUCCCAAUGAGGCCCAUUUAUAUUACGCCCAAAAUGUAUGCUUGCAACAGGAAAUGGAAGUAUUGCGUCAACGAUUGCAGGAGGCGGUCGAAUCUGCGAUUAUUAGUAAGGAAAAUUAUCAAAAACUGCAAAAAGAUCAAGAGGACCUACUUGAAUUGCUAACAGAUCAGGAAAAUAAAAUACAACGCUACACUGCGCAAAUGCGGGCAGCCGGACUGCCUGUUGAAGACGAUGAAAACUCUGAAGAUGAUGUGGAUGAAAGUCAGAUUAAAAAUAAUUCUACUACGCCGUCGCACACGGAUAGCCCAUCGCAUACGCAGAAUAUUUAAAGUCGUUAAUGAAUAUUUUUUGGUCCCCUAUCCUUGAACAAGCGUUUGCCUGUAAUUUGUUUUAUUUAGUUAAAAUUAUAAAAUAAACCUAUAUAUCAAAGAUGAAAUCGAAA